AUGACCAUCGCACACACCGGUAUCAAGGUCCCCGCCUCCCAGUACCCGGCCGUGGUUGCCUGGUACGAAGCCGCCCUCGCCCCGCUGGGUUAUAAGAAAUCCGUUGUCCUCCGCGACGGCAAUGUCGUCGGCUUCUCGGACAACGCCGCGGGCAUCGCCGAUUGGUGGGUCGCCUCGUCUGCCGCCGCCCCGGAACCUGUCUCCCCGCCCGAGGGGGCAUUUGUGCCGAAUCAUACUUGCUUCUUGGCAAAGGAUCGCGCGACCGUUGACGCCUUCCACAAGGCGGGUGUUGCCGCCGGCGGCAAGUCCAAUGGCGAGCCUGGCAUCCGGGCACAGUAUUCCCCGAACUACUACGCCGCUUUCGUGCUGGAUCCGGCCGGCAACAACAUCGAGGUCCUCUCCAUCACUGCAGAGUAA